AUGCGAUUGCUGGAGCGCUCCCGGUGGACGACCAGCCCAUACUAUGCGCUGGUGAUCUUCGUGAUCGCGUGCGGGAGUAUCCCUAAAGGUUAUGACGAAGGAGGAUACAGCGCGAGCGUCAAGCUCGAGUCAUUCGUGAUCGACUUUAACCUCAUCAAAUCACACUGGAAGAACGAUCCAACCGGAUUGACCAAUCGCACUGCCAACAUCACGUCCUUCAACGUCUUGGGUGCAGCAUUCGGUGCCUUAGCUGGCCUGGACCUGAAUGAUCGUUUGGGUCGUCUUAUCUCGUGGCGACUGGCCUGUCUGGUAUGGGCGAUUGGGACCUUUAUCCAAAUCUUCUCAUCGGGAAUCUAUGGCUUGCUGCUGUUUGCUCGCAUCUUUGCCGGACUUGGCGCUGGCCUGCUGACGGUCACCUCGCCGCUAUAUCUAUCGGAGGUGGCGCCUCGAGCGACACGAGGUCUCGCUGUCGGCAUGUAUAUGGUGAUUCUGCUGGCAGUGCUCGCCAUGGGGUUCUUCAUUAAUUAUGGCGCCAAUCUCCACAUGGCCGCCACGCGUACCCAAUAUCGGCUAGUUCAGGCUAUCCCAAUUAUCCCUGUCGGCAUCGCCUUUGGCCUCUCAUUCCUCUGCCCCGAAACUCCCCGGUAUCUGGUAUCACAGCAGCGUCAUGAGGAAGGAAAGGAGGUGCUUGCUCGCCUACGUGGAAAAUCCAUCGACGAUGAGAGCGUUGAGGCCGAGUUUGAGGAAAUCGACCGACAGGCCAGCGAGCGGGCAGACCUAAAAUCCGUUUCUCAUUGGCAGGCGUUCAAGGAAUCUCAGUCGAAUCCUAAUUACCGCCAGCGCUUCUGGCUGUUGAUGACGAUGCAAACCAUUGCUCAGUGGACCGGUGGCAAUGGUAUUACCUACUAUGUAACCAACAUCUUCCAGUACGCUGGCAUCACUGGCUCGAGCCAGUCGCUCAUUUCAUCAGGAGCCUACGGUAUCGUUAAGCUCGUUUUCACCAUGGCUUUCACUUGGGGCCUGAUUGAUCUCUUUGGUCGCCGACGAUGCGCCCUAACUGGUCUUGCCCUGCAGCUUGCAGCGCAUGUUUAUAUGGGGGUUUAUAUGGGCCUGCAGCCUGGAUCAUCAGACAACAAGUCUGCCUCGGAUGCGGCUAUUGCCUCCGUUUUUGUGUAUGCUGUCGGCUGGUCAGUGGGUCUCUGUACUAUUCCUUACCUUUACGGCACGGAGAUCUUCCCGACCCGGAUCCGCAAUGUGAGCUAUGCCAUUAGUAUGGGUCUUCACUGGUUCUUCCAGUUUGCCGUUGUCCGCGUUACUCCGAAUAUGUUUGCCUCCCUUCAUGUGUGGGGUGCCUACCUGUUCUGGGCGAUCAUUUGUACCUUGGGCUUGAUCAUCCUCGGCAUUUGGAUGCCGGAGACAGCCCAAGUACCGAUUGAGCGCAUGGACGAGCUCUUUGAUGGGCCCUGGUACCUCCGCUGGCGCGCUCGCCCCAAGUAUGUUGAUGAUUCGUCUGAGACGACGGAGGCAAUCGCUUCUCACGACCACGAUGGAAAGACUUUCAAGUCAAAGAUUUCCAAGUCCCGAUGA